AUGGCCAAAACCAAGAAGCCGAAGAAAGCGAGACUUACACCAAAGGCAAACGUCCCACCCACACCAGGAUCAUCCGUCACAGACACGAGGGUCGACAAGCUCGCCGUGGCCGUUGGCAACCUUACCAUCAAGAACAAACUAGACUUCAGCAAGGCACUUAUCAAGUACAGGCCUCCCAAGCUCGCAGCACCCGCAGUCUUUGGCACAUACGAGCUGGUGGAGCAGAUCCUCCUGAGUAUGCCUAAGCCACGGAGCAAGACCACCAUGAAGACCAUCCUCCUCUCGCAGCGAGUGAGCAAGACGUUUAGGGGCGUUGUAGAGCGAUCCAAGGCCGUUCGCAAGGUGCUGUUCUUCGAGGCUUGCGACGACUUCGACAAGAUGAGAGACUAUGUCACCUGGAAUCCAUUGCUGAGGGUCACGGAGUCACUCGAGGAGCGCACAGUCCGCAAGAGUCAUUUAACGUCAUCAGAUGGCGAUGGCUAUCUUAGCAUCAACAACGUCCUAUUUUUGGGCCCAGAGAGGCUGAGCAAAGCCCAUGGUACGAAAGGGCACCAGUCUGAAAGUUGGCAGAAGAUGUUGCUGGCACAGGACGAAGUGGAACCGGCGUACAUUAACACAUGCACGAAGGUCAACGGCAGAUCUCUCAGUUUGGCCCGCACACUUGAUGCAGAACACACGAUGGGCCGGGUGGCUGAUCUAUUGCGUCUGAAGUUCGAGGGUGUCAAGGUCCGUGAGUAUUAUGAUGGAGACGAUGAAGAUACUGCGCAGUACUUGGCGGAGAUCGAGGGGAGACAGGCUAUGGAUGCGGAAGAAGACGAUGACGGGGAGGACGACGAAGCCUACAAUGAGUAG